UAAUUGUUAUUAUUUGUUUGCCAGCGUGCAGAAAGUGUUAAAAUUGUAUGAAAAAUACACUUUAGCAUUGUCGGAAUGGAAUGCAGCCGUAAGUUCCUGCGCGUUUUUCAAUAUCGACACGUUUUCUCGCGCAGCAUUGCCAUGUCAUCGUCAUCACGUGCUAAGGAAGCCAUUGAGCAGCUAAAGGAAACAAAUCCCUACUAUUUCAAAUAUGCGGAUAAAAUAGCCAAAAUGCAGAAGACUUCGGCCGAGGAGUUCUUGGAUCGCGUUGAACGUGUUGUCAAUCCAAUUAAGGAUGGACAGAGUCAGGCCAGAUCAUACUCUGAGCUAUUGAACCCGAAGCAGAAGCUGGCCCAGGAGCAGGCUGAGUUGCCGCACAAGAAGCUGAGUGACAUAAUGAAGCUGGAGCUGCUUGCCGAUAAGAAUGCUGAGGAGAUUUCGCAAAUCUGGAUCGAAUACCAUAAGACUAAGGAAGUGCUCGCGGCUACGCUCACUGUGGAUCAGUAUCAGAAGCUAAUGUCACGCGCAAAGGAGCAUCCCAUAUUUUUACUGCCCUUGCCACGCAGUGAGGGCUUUGAAUUCUUCAUGUUGCAGUUUUCCGCCAACACAGUGCAUUUUACACCUUUGUUGGCCUAUCAAGUGCAUCAUGAAAAUGCGCCCGAGUGUCUCACCUUGGUGCACUACACCGAAACUGAGGACAAAGGCAUAGUGCUAAUGCGUGGCGAGUAUGAUAACAAGGUACUAACUGCACAGGAGGCACAGUGUUUGGCUAACGAGUUACAAAUGUUCUACUACAAGCCAGACGAGAAUAAGCUGAAACUGCUGGAAGUUUUUACAAAACGUCCAGACGAGUUCAAGCAUAUGGAUCUUAUUAAGGAAGUGGAGAAUAUUCAACUUGCUUAAGCGCUGUUGAGCUCUGAGCUAAAAUACAUAUAGACAAUAGAAAUCAAAAUGGCAAUUUUAAUUUACCAUAUAUUCAGAUUUGGAAUAGGUCUUUAGUGGUUGGUCGCUUUAAGAAAAUAUC